GAGUGCGUUUUCUUAUUUUGUAAUAAACCUUUAUUGCAAAAAGUCAACUCUCUUUCUCUCUCUCUCUCACAUAAUCUUCUCUUAUCAACUUCAACUUGUUCUUCUUCACCAUUCACUUCACAAUCUCUCUCUCAUAGUUUCUUCCUAGUUCCCACUAAUUUUUCAACACAAAACCAGAACAUGAAAAACGAGUUAUUAUAGCAAUUAACAACCUUAAAACUUGUUUCAUAGUUCUUGUUCCUAGUACUUGGUUUCUAUUCAUUUGAUUCUUUUGUUUUUUCAUUUGUUGUGUUUUUGUUAUGGGAAACAAAAUAGGAAAAUUAACGGUAUGUUUCACCGGAAACAACAACAGUAACCGUAAACACGACAUAUCCAUAUUAAUAACGGAUCCUUUAGAUGAAGGACUUGGUCACUCUUUCUGUUACGUUAGACCCGACCCGACCCGUUUAUCUUCUUCUAAAGUUCAUUCUGAAGAAACCACAACUUUCCGAACAAUCUCCGGCGCCUCCGUCAGCGCCAACACUUCAACGCCGUUAUCGACGGCGUUCAUGGAUUUAUACUCCUACGGUUGUUUUGAUAGAGCUGCAGCUUUUGAAAGUUCAACUUCUUUUGCUUCUCUUCCGUUGCAACCGAUUCCGAAGGCUUUUUCCGGUAACUUCGGUGGUGUUGGUGGUGGGUUUCUGAGUUCCGGUCCGUUAGAGCGUGGGUUUAUGUCCGGUCCGAUUGAGCGUGGGUUUAUGUCUGGUCCAAUUGAUCGUGGUUUAUUUUCCGGUCCGAUUGAUAAAGAUAGCUCCGGCACCGGUGUUGAUCAGUUUCAGAGAAGCUUCUCUCAUAGUGGAUUAGGGUUUUCUGUUCGACCAAGAUCGAGGAAAGAAAAAUGGAUUCGUGUUCUUCAACGAGCGAUUUCGAAGACUCUGUCACGUGGACAGGGUUCUAUUGUUACUCCGAUCAAAGGUGUACCGUUGAAGGAGCCACCGGAGUGGAUUCUUGCCGGUGAGAAGCAUAAUGAGAAUUUGACUGUGAGUAGUUUGAAUUUGAGUAGUGAAGGUAGUUUGGAAGAUGAUGAUUCGUUGGGAAGUCAGAAUCUUCAAUGGGCUCAAGGGAAAGCAGGGGAAGAUCGUGUUCAUGUUGUUGUUUCUGAGGAACAUGGUUGGGUUUUUGUUGGGAUUUAUGAUGGUUUUAAUGGUCCUGAUGCACCUGAUUAUUUGUUAUCAAAUCUUUAUAGUUUUGUUCAUAAGGAGCUUAAAGGAUUGCUUUGGGAUGAUGGGGUUUCAUCGGAUAAUUCGAAUUUGAAACCGCGUGAUUCGGUUGAUGAUGAUGUUGUUGUGAAAGAGGAUAUGUUGUUUGAUGAUUGUUCUCAAUGUGUUGAUCAAGAGAAAGGGGAAUCGAUUUCGAAGAAAAAAAAGAGAGGUAAGAAUUCUAAGAACAAGUACAAAGAUGCCGCAAAGAAACAUGAAGAGAAUCAAAGGAGGUGGAAGUGUGAAUGGGAUAGGGAGAGAUUAGAGCUUGAUAGAAGAUUGAAGGAGCAAUUAAGUGGUGGUGACGAUAAUUCUGUUAAUCAUUCAGAUGUUUUGGAAGCUCUUUCGCGAGCUUUGAGGAAAACCGAGGAGUCUUAUCUUGAUGUCGCGGAUAAAAUGGUGAUGGAGAAUCCGGAACUUGCUUUAAUGGGUUCUUGUGUUCUUGUAAUGUUGAUGAAAGGGGAAGAUGUUUAUGUGAUGAAUGUGGGUGAUAGUAGAGCUGUUUUGGCACAAAAAGCUGAACCUGAUUAUUGGAUCGGGAAAAUUAGACAGGAUUUGGAGAGGAUUAAUGAAGAGACAAUGCAUGAUCUUGAAUCAUGGGAUGAUGCUGAUAAAUCAAAUGUUGUUCCUAGUUUAAGUGCUUUUCAGCUCACCAAGGAUCAUAGUACUAAUGUUGAAGAGGAAGUAAUCAGAAUUAUAAAAGAGCACCCGGAUGAUCCUUGUGCCGUGGUCAAUGAUCGUGUUAAGGGAUCUCUCAAGGUUACUCGAGCAUUUGGUGCCGGAUUUCUCAAACAGCCGAAGUGGAACAAUGCACUUCUGGAGAUGUUUAGAAUAGACUACGUAGGCAAUUCUCCAUACAUCACUUGCCAACCAUAUCUUAAACACCACAGAUUAGGCCAAAAAGACAAAUUUUUGAUUCUAUGCUCCGACGGACUCUAUCAAUACUUAUCAAACGAAGAAGCAGUAGCUGAAGUUGAGCUUUUCAUCACAUUACAACCUGAAGGAGACCCUGCUCAACAUUUGGUCGAAGAAGUCUUGUUUCGCGCUGCAAAGAAAGCUGGUUUGGACUUUCACGAAUUGCUCGAAAUUCCACAAGGUGAUAGGCGGCGUUACCACGACGAUGUUUCCAUCAUUGUUAUUUCUUUGGAAGGAAGGAUAUGGAGAUCAUGUGUUUAAGUAUAAUGAAAAAACCAACCUUAUAUUUAUAUCAUCAUCAUAGUAUAUAUAAAAAAGAAGAUAUGAGAUAUAUGCUGCCGAAGGGUCGCGCAUCCUUUUUGUUCUUACCCCCUCACUAUUCACGAGUGUCGAGUAAAUUACUCAAACCGAACUUAAAUAUAAGCAAAAAUAUGCAUGUAUUUGAUAUAAAUUCGAGCUAAAUACAUGUAACUUUUUGUUUAUAUUUAAAUUAGGAGGAGUAAUUAUGUAAAUCAGUGGAUAGUGAGGAUUGUAAAGUUGUAAACCCUUGAUUUUGUUUAUUAUUAUAACUCACAAAAAUUGUGAUUUUGUAAUAAAAAAACCCAUUCCUUAAAAAUCUUUUCAUUGUGCCACAAGCACUAGCAACCUACACCACUUUCUGCAA